GAAGAGUGGAGCUGAUCUGUUCUUUCAUGGCUGCACGAGCGUUGAUCUGAUCUCCGAUCUGAUUUCCCAGCUUUUCCACGAUUUUUUUUUCUUCUCUCUCUCUCUCUCUCUGUGGUGGAUUUCAUUUAUUUUCCUUUCUCUCUUUGGACUUCACUAUUUUGGACUUGCGCUUUCUUCAUGUCCAUGUUGAGCCAUGCAGCCUCCGCCGAGAAAGGUCAAAGUCACGCAGGAGCUGAAGACCACUCACACAGAGCAGCUCACCAGACUGCACUAUAAACACCAGACCGAAUGCGACUUACUGGAAGACAUGAGGACAUACAGUCAGAAGAAGGCCACACUAGAGAGGGAGUAUGCACAGGCUCUCCAGAAGCUGGCCAAUCAGUAUUUGAAGAGGGACUGGCCUGGCAUCAAACCAGAUGACCAGAGAAACGACUACAGGAAUGUGUACGGGGUGUGGAGGGCAUAUUUGGAGGGCACAGUGGAGGUGAACCAGACUCGACUCUACAUUUGCGAGAACUACAAGAACGAGAUCUCGGACCCUGCCAAAACCGUACGCCUUUACAAAGAGCAGCAGCUCAAGAAGUGCAUCGAGCAGUUGGGCCGGAUCCAGGCUGAACUCCAAGACUCUGUGAAGGACCUGGCAAAAUCCAAGAAGAAGUACUUUGAGCUGGAGCAGAUGGCCCAGGCCGUCCGGGAAAAAGCAGACAUCGAGGCCAAGUCAAAGCUGGGCCUGUUUCAGUCCAGGAUUAGUUUACAGAAGGCCAGCGUCAAGCUCAAAGCCAAGAGAAGUGAUUGCAACUCCAAAGCCACCCACGCCAGAAACGAAUACCUUCUUACACUUGCAGCAGCCAACGCACAUCAGGACCGCUACUACCAGACUGACCUGGCCAACUGUAUCAAGGCUCUGGAUGGUAGUGUGUAUGACCACGUGAAGGAUUAUCUGAUGUCUUUUUGCCGGACAGAGUUGGAAGCAUUCCAGGCCGUUCACAACACGUUCCAAUUCCUGCUGGACAAGUCCAGUCGAGUUGGGCAGGACUUCAAUCAGCAGCUGUUCCUGCAGGAGAACCCCGUUUUCCACAAAGCACAGGACUUUCAGUUCCAGCCGUGUGACAGUGACACAACUCUGAGCUCCGUGCAGCAGUUGGUGGACAUUGAGCCAUCGGCAGUCAGUGUGAUGAGAAUGACCUUGGCCCAGAGCCGGCAACUGGAGUCGGAGACUGGUACCACAGAGGAGCACAGCCUCAACAAAGAGGCCAGGAAAUGGGCGACACGUGUAGCCCGAGAGCACAAAAACAUCAUCCACUAUAAACGGGCACUGGAGGAGUGCGAGAGACAGGGAACUCCUCCCACAGAACAGAGCCGCAACGACCUCGAGUUCAAAAUAGAGGAGGCCAGAGAGCACAUUCGUAAAGCUGAGACUGUGAAGCUCAAAGCAGAGGCUCGUCUGGACCUGCUCAGGCAGGUAGGCGUUUCCGUGGAUACAUGGCUGAAGAGCGCCAUGAACCAAGUGAUGGAAGAGCUAGAGAACGAGCGCUGGGCAUCACUGCCCACCCUCACUACCCACGAUCCCUCACACUCAACCACAGUGGACUUGGACCGAGACGAAGGUGAGGAACUGGAGGAGAACAUGGAGCAAUUUGAUGAUAGCAGCUCUAGUCCUUCAGGAACACUGAGGAACUACCCACUCACCUGUAAAGUGCUUUACUCCUACAAGGCGUCUCAGCCAGACGAGCUGACCAUCGAUGAGCAUGAGGUGCUGGAGGUCAUAGAGGAUGGAGACAUGGAAGACUGGGUCAAAGCACGGAAUAAGGCGGGUCAUGUAGGCUACGUACCUGAGAAGUACCUGCAGUUCCCCUCCUCCAACAGCAUACUGAGCAUGCUCCAAUCACUCACUGCCUUGGACUCGCGAUCACACACAUCAAGCAACUCCACUGACCCUGAGCUGGCCUCGGGCAGCAUCAACGGUGACGCCAGUAUGAGUUUUGCAAAGGCCAUAUACGACUAUGAGGGCCAGACAGAUGAUGAGUUAUCCUUCCCAGAGGGUGCAGUCAUCCGGAUCCUUAAUAAAGACAAUCAGGAGGACGAUGGAUUCUGGGAAGGCGAGUUUAACGGACGAGUAGGAGUCUUUCCAUCCGUCCUGGUGGAGGAUCUGACCGCAGAAAAUGGGGACACGCACUGGGCUUUGGAUACUCAGGUGUCGUCGUGUGUGAAACUUCAGUCGUCUUUGCCUCCAUUACCCCUCUACGAUCAGCCCCCAUGUACCCUGGAUUGUAGCCCCGCCCCCAACCUGCCUCGCUCACCGUCUGUCAACGGAGAGCACAAGCAACCUGGCCUGCACAAAGCCCUGCCACACAAUCACAGUUCUAGUCUGAGUCCAGAAAGCCCAGGCUUUCCCCAGCCACCCAGAUUCACACCUGAUGCAUCUGGCUCGGGAAAACUGCGACCUGUCCGUGCUGCUCCUCCUCCUCCGAAACAACACCCUCGCAGACAAGUGGACAAAACCGAGGAAGUAGAGAUCACGCUGGUGUAACAGCGCCGCUCUUUUCUUUAGAGGACUCAUCUACGUUUGACCUCAAACUCCUCCUACUGGCUUCAAAGGGGUGGGGCUACCUGUAAGCCCACCCCUCCAGCACUCUGAACGAGGUGGACUCUGCAUUUCAAAGACUCCUCCCUGCUAAUCCUGGAAGCACCUCUUAUGGCGUCACAGACUGUUUGGUGCCUUUUUACCCUUUUCAUGCCAAAAACCAAUCCUUGUGUUUGUAUUUGUAGAGCCAAAAUAUUUGUAGCAUUCACAGUUACAAAAAUGUCGUGCUCUACAAAUUCAAGAUGGCAGAAAAUAUAAAAAGUAAUAAAGCCUGGUUGGUUAACUUGCACAUAUACCUAUCCAGCAGGCUCAUCAACAGCAGAAAAUGCAAUAUCCAGAGGUGACCGGUGGAUUUGCAGGGGCAUUUUUGGUGUACAGUGGGUGUGGGUGAUUAAGUUUGCCCCGUCUUCAGCCACGCGUAGUCCUACCAUACGUAUUUAAUGUUGUAUUAGUACAGUACAUUACUGUUGUCAUAGGAAUGUUCAGAAUAUGUGCAACAUUUCUUCAUAUCUUGUAACAGUGGAUGCUUUUUGGAAUAUAAAGGAACAAUUGAGGACAAAGGCAGUUGUGUAUAAAAGGGUAAACUGGCAAGGUAGGAAGGGAUGAGAGGACGUUCAAGAGAAUGAGGGCUGGAUCCUCCAUUUUCUUUUUCCUCUCCUGUCGCUCCUCUACCCGAACGGAUAACUCCUCCAUAUCGUGUUAAUCUGAGUACAGUACUAAUUACAUCAAUAUUAGCCUUUUCUCAGCUCGUCCUUAAGAAGACUGCCAUUUGUACGUAUUAACUAAUAUUUAGUCGUCAAAAGGAAGACCGACAAUGGAGGGGUUUUUUUUUGUUUGUUUGUUUGUUUUGUUUGUUUUUUUUUUGGCGUGUGUUGUCCCUGGGAGCGAGCCGUUAGCCAGUUAUCAUGUGGUCUUAACCUGUUUGCAAAUGCCAAUCAAUAUUGCGAGCAUUAUUUAAAGUGCUUCAUUUUCCUUCCUAGUUCUUAUCUUGCUUUCUCAUCACAAUAGCAGCGCCUCAAUCUAAUGGAGUGUGUUGGCAGAUGGGUCCUGGCCAUUUCAUAGUAAUUAGCGUCCUAAGUGCAUUUCCUUUGUACAAGGGGCAGCUAUUUUUUUUUUCUAUUUCUAUCUCAUACAUUGAAUAGUAUUGUUCUUCUAGAAAAAUCAUAAUUCAUUAAAAUCCGAUGGUCAGUUCCCAUUUCAUUCUGAAGUACUGAAUACCUAUUAUUAUUAUUAUUAUAAUUAUUAUCAUCAUCAUCAUCAUCAUCAGUCCAUAUCUGUAUUUUUAACCAUAUUUUUAACUAGGCAUGUGCUGACUUUUAUUUUAUAUCAUAAUAUUUGCCUCAGUUAUUGCUUAUAUGCAUAAUAUACAUAAUACAUAAAAUAAUCUGUCCACCAUCUGUUUUUCACACUUUUUUAAAACAUUUUUAAUAGCGUCACAAUCCACAAAAGGCACUUCAUGUUUGGAAAUCCUCAAGCAAGACGAAAGAACUAACUGGCCUGUAUACUUUCAGAUAAUUUGUGAGGAUUCAAAAAUUCUGUAAGGAUUCUGAAUUCAUAUCCCAUAAAAGUUCACAGUAAACAGGCUAAUGCUAGUUAGCUGGCUAGACAUGAGCUAACCUGUUCGGUGAAUUCUUUUAGAUCGAUUUUCACAAUAUUCACAGCUACCACUAGUUUGCUAGUAUAACAUGAGCUAUUCGGACUGAAGUUCUGAGAGAAAAAAUUGAAUUCCUUUUGCAUAAAUGUCCACAAUAUUCAUGUGUAGCACUAGUUAGCUGGCUGAGAGCUAACCUGACAGGAUUUCUACAGGUUUUAAAACAUUCAGAAUAUUUCCAGCUGCCUCGAGCUGGCUGGUGAAAUAUGCUAGCUUGACAGAAUGUCUGAGAAAGCCUUGCCUUUUUUGAGUGCAAUCAUAAAAACUAAUUUCGAGGACCAGGCAUUACUCAGAAACAUUCUGUACAAAAACAUAUCUUAGAUUCCUUCGCUAAAAAUAACACAGUGCUCUUUUACAUCAGGCCAAGGUAUCAGCACAUGCCUACGUUUAAUGGCAUAGCGUGUAUCUCAGCACUUUUCCAAAAGCUGUAUGGCUUUUCUUUUUUUUCUUUUUUUGUUAUCUUUGACUUUUAUAUCUGCAUCCCAUCAAAGGACCCUUGUGUAGCAUAGCUGCCUAAAUUUGUGUGUGUGUGUGUUUGUUUUGCUCUGAUUUGUUUUUUUAAAUUCAGUGUUUUAUACCCUAGUGGUUUUGUCUGCUAAAAUAAUACAGUCCUGCUAUUUAUUCUCUUCCUCCAGGAGUAAGAAAUCACCCAUUUUCUAGAGAUUUAGCAUUACUAGUGUUAUUAACAAUAAAGUAAUGUCACCUUAAGUAAAGUAAAUAAUGUCACCUUAAGAAUGGUGCUUGUAAAGAUUUUUUCGAGGGGGUUUGGGGGGGGGUCUCGGAUACGUGUAUGUUUUGGAUUUUCUUUGAAUAGAACGGACAAAUUUGGCGUAUCUGCCCUUAUGUCAAGUCUUUUUUGUUGCAGCCUGUUUCCAUGUUGAUCUCAUUGAGAUCUUUUAAAUGUUAUCAAACUUGUUUUGAAGUUUAUGGCCCAUCCCAUCAGAAAGCUCCUCUCAGAGAUCGGCUUUGGUUUGAUUUUUCUUCUUUCCCAGUUUCCUUUCAAAGAGUUUUCGCUUUCUGCACUAACUUCAUCCAUAUACUCAUAUCAUUCUAUUUUUAAAUGCCUUUUUGUUUUGUUUUAUUUUAUUUCAUUUGAAAGACACUGCUAGAAAAAGAUGGUGUAAUAACAUCGAACUGUUGCUGCAGUGGAAGUGACAGAGAACAGGUCAAGACAUUUCUUUCUGCAUAUUAAUAGCUGUAAAGUAAUUUGUAUUUAUUGUGUACAAAUGUUAAAUAAAAAAAUGAGAA